AUGUCUUUGGAAGCUCAUGCUGUCCAGGCUGCUCUUGACGCAGAAGUGACAGGGACAAAACUCAUCAGCAACUACACUUCAGAGGAACAGCAAUUUGAACAAAUUGCUGUAUCGAGGGGUGUUCCACGAGAGGACGCCUGGAAGCCUACGAUGCGGGCUUCGAAAAAGGGGAAGAAGCAGACAUUUUUGCAGAGUUUCGCAACCUUCUUCAGUAUUUUCCUCAUCAUAUCCACGAAUGAUUAUCUUGGCCUGUCAAUUCCUACACGCCACUUUGGCGAAUGUGCGAACGGCAUAAUCCUCAUUCGAGAUGAGGAUCCAAAGGAGGUUGAGCCUAGCAGUUGGAUCUCCCUACCUAAGAUGGGCCACGCGGACAAAAUCCAAGGCGUAAUCCUUUGCGGAGAUCUGAAGCAACUACAGCCAACCGUCCUCUCUGCAAAAGAAGAGCCAGGUUUCAAUGAGUUUGAUCUGCAGCUAGAGACGUCGUUCGAUGCUCGUCUCGUCAGAACGGGACAUAUUAUGCUGCAGCUCACCGAAAAUGCCUCGUUAACUAGCUUAACGAAGGGUAUAUGCAGAUGA